CUCUGGGCUCAGUGUGUUGUGCGCAUGCCUGAUUUGCUAACAUGAGCCGUUUUGGGUUCUAUUUUAUGUUUCUUUUCUUGCUGAUUAAAUGCCCCAGUUUGCUUCUCUUCUUGUGUUUUGCCGUUUACGUCUACAUCCACUACAGAACACGUUAAAGGCGGGAUCCACUCGGAGAGUGAGGGCAGACCGAAGGAUCCACGGAUCCACUGAGGCGGGAAGAUGCCAGAGCAGCUUCAUAACAUGCUUUCCCUUCACAAACACGUCACGGUGACUGGACUCGUACUUGACCCCGCUGCCCUAGAUGGCGUCAGACUGAAGUGAUGGACUGUGCUGUUCCCAGCCCGGAGGUCGCCCCGUCCCGUCCGUCGUCUGCUACUACACCGGAGCAGAGGGACGCAGACACGGCGGUUACGUGACCCGUGUGGAUAAGACGCGGGCGAACGGCGAUAAGACAGCCUUAAAAUGAGUGAGAGGAUGACGGAAGACAGAGUGUCUUCAUCAGCCACAGAGACGGAGCUCGGACCGCUGUUCUCGUGUUACUGCGCCCGUGUCCACACUGCGUGCUCCAAUGGGACUCUCUCUUUCAGCUUGGCUACACAGGAAGCCAGAGGUCAGCCGUCCUUCAUCCUCAUCAGCUUUUACUCCGCUGGCUGUCCCAACAUCCUCUCGCCUCACUGUCGCACUGAACGCCUCGCCUGUUCCUCCGGAGGACAGUCGUUCUCACUGGAGUCCAGUCCACUGCUCUCCACACUUCCUGCUGUCUACCUGCAAGAAGAAAGUGACUCGCUUACCUGUUGAGUUGAGCAGCGAUGGGGUGAGAUCAGAAAUGGGGGUGAACAGCGGGCUUCAUAUCUGGGAGUUGUUGUGGAGCCCUGACCAGAGAGGCAGUCAUGCUGUCCUGGGUGUUUCCCUGCAGAACUGUCCUCUGCAGGCUGCGGGCUACACUGUUCUGGUAGGAGGAGACGCCCAGUCCUGGGGCUGGGAACUAAAGACUAAUCAGCUCUGGCAUGGUGGACAUUCUCUCGGGAAUUAUCCUAAAACGUUCCAACGUUGUCGCUCUGAGGCUCCGGUGGAGUCCAAGCCUCAAACGUACACUUCAGACACGGAGCAGAGUGACGCGCCUCUUCCCAUUCCUGAACGUGUCCUGCUGGUCCUGGAUGCUGACGCAGGGACUCUGGGAUUCGUUGUUGAUGGCACUUUCCUGGGCUUCGCUUUCACAGACCUUCCUCAUGGGGUGAAACUGUUCCCAGCUGUGAGCAGUGUAAGAGGAGGAGCCAGCAUACAACUGCGCUACCUGAACGGUGCCACACGUGACCCACCACCUCUGAUGGCUUUAUGCAGACUGUCAAUUCAUCAAUUUCUGGGGCAGCACGGCCAGAGCAAAACCCACAAACUGCCUUUGCCCCCUUUGUUACAGAACUACCUGACAUCUAGCUAUUGAUUUUUUUGUAUUUUGUUGAAUUUCUUUAGCAUUAUUUAUUUCAUUAGUUAAAGUGGUUGUUUGAAAACCUGCUUAAUUAAUCAGAGACAUGUAAUGCACUUUCUCUGUAUAAACUUAUUUAAAUAUUACUUUACUUGUCUUAUGUUUAAUUUAUAUUGUAACACUGAUUUAAUAUCAACAUUGAACGGUAAAAACAUUUGAGAUUUGAUAGGCACUGGUUUUGCACAAAAUGUUGUAUUUGUAAUAUUUCAUAU